UUUGGAAACAGCUGGUGGUUUCUGUCAGGGAACUAUUCGGAUUUACUGCAACAUUUUGCACAAACUAAACUUUAGACCAGGGUCCGCACUAACUUCGAUGUUCUGUAUGAAGUCUUUUUAACUAUUACCUUUGGCGUUGGGAGAUGUCAUCCCCGGCUUGCCACUUUAAAAGACAGUUAAUUGAAGACCUAGCUUGUUAGCGACAAACCCGUGUCGCCUCGACGCUGCUAACGCGGGCUGCUAACUUUAAACUCCAUAGCAACAGCCAGAAAAGCUGUCACCUGUCGGCUCGGCUCGGACCUUAUAAGAAGAGGUUUGACUUGUAGAAAAUGACGCAUGUUCAUUAUAAAUUUUCCUCAAAACUCAGCUACAACACGGUGGUGUUUGAUGGCGUGAACAUCACGCUGAGUGAACUCAAGAGGCUGAUAAUGAGCCGAGAGAAGCUCCGUGCUGCGGACUGUGACCUGCAAAUCGCCAACGCACAGACCAAAGAAGAAUACACAGAAGAUGACAGCCCAAUUCCCAAAGGCGCCUCGGUCAUUGUUCGCAGAGUCCCUUCACGUCCAGUAAAGUCCAGCUCAAGUGCCAGCAACAGCCAACGCCCAGAGGCCUCUAACUCCAGCUAUGGAUUCUUCAGAUCACCCAUGGAAGGUCAGAAAGCGUCAGGUGUCUUGCCCUUUUUCUCAAAGAUGGCUAACAUCGCUUGUACAGACGACUCAGAAGACGAUAAGAUCAAAACCAUGAUGAGCCAGUCCUUCUAUGACAGCUCAAACUACAAGUACGGUGCCCCACUUCCUGCAAACUACAUUUGUUACCGCUGCGGAUCCAGUGAACAUCACAUCAGAAACUGCCCCGUGAGCUUGGAUAAAAAUGUUGAACCUGCCAUGAAGAUUAAGAAGAGCACAGGGAUCCCUCGCUCUUUCAUGGUACAAGUGGAUGAUCCCAGCAUUAAGGGCGCUAUGCUUACCAACACUGGACACUAUGCAAUUCCAGCCAUUGACGCUGAAUUCUAUGCUGCUGAUAAAAAGAAGCCCCCCACUCAGGAGUCUCCAGCCGAAGAUCCCUCAGACUCAGUUAUUCCAGAUGAACUCCUGUGCCUUAUCUGCAAAGACCUGCUCAAUGACGCAGUGGUUAUACCGUGUUGUGGGAACAGCUACUGCGAUGACUGUAUCCGCUCUGCUCUGCUGGAUUCAGAGGACCACGUUUGCCCAACAUGUAACCAACCAGACGUCUCCCCUGAUACGCUCAUAGCCAAUAGAUUUCUGCGGCAGGCUGUGAAUAAUUACACAAAGGAGCAGGUUUCUACCCAAAGUCUUAAAAAUACAUGUAGCACUUCCCGGUCUCAGGAUUGCACUCCUAGACCAAGUCCUGCCCCCACACCACCACCUCAGAGCCAACCUGACAAGUCACAGGUAGCAGACUUGCAAACAAUUACAAGUACUGACUCACCCCCCAGCUCAUCCAGCACCUCCCUUGUUGUGAAAACCAGUGAUGAAACGUCACAUAAAGAAGCUGACCUGAAGACAGACUCUUCUCCAAUAGCAAGCCCAUCUGUGUUGGUUUCAGAAGCAGACACCUGUGAUUCUCUGUCUCAGUCUAUACCACUUGUUACCUCAGUUACUCAAGCAGUGACAGACGAAACUAAUUCCGGUUCCACGACUCAAUCUGAGCAGGGUCCUCCACACUGGGACAGAUCUACUUCAACCUGUCCCAGUGAAGACUGGACUGCAAUAAGCUCAGCUUAUCCAGCUUCUACCUCGCCCUCAUUCCCACUCACUCAGUCUCCUAACAUCACGCCUGCUCAUGUUCAAACAUACCUGCCAGUGCAACAGCUGCCUCUGAAUACUUACCCGCCUGGUUUCACCACUGCCACACCCCUGUGGACUACUGGGCCCAGCCCCCAGGGAGCUCCCAUCCCUACUUUUACCUCCACCUCUAUCCCCCCGCUCCUCCCCAAAGAGUUGUUGCUGUCUCACAGAAGGAACAAAGAGAGGACCCCUUCUAGAGGAUCAUUGUACAAACCAUCAUAUCGUUAUAGUUCAAAGUCCCAUAGAUCCAAAUGUUCUCGCUCCUCCAGUAGAUCACCCUCGCAAUCCAGGUCCCACCGUAGCGCAAGACCCUAUUCCCCUCAGUCCCAUCACAGAGGCCUCUCCAGCCGGUCUCACUCCUCUCAUUCACACACUCGCCACAGCUACAAACAUUCUCACUCGCCCACCUCAACCUCACCUUCGAGGUCACGUUCUCCACACAGGUCAAGAUCUCCAGCAGAUCACCACAAGAGCCGCCAUCAUGGCCGCCAUCGCACAGACACGUCCCCACACAGCAGCCGCAACAGCAGCCGCAGAUCAAAGGGAAGGGAAAGCUCACAUAGGUCAAAAGAAGCCCCAGAAUGGAGUUUAGACAUGUACCUGCGUUGGAAACAAGAGUACAAAGACUGGUGCGAGAAGUAUUUUAACAGCUACUUCAGCCACUUUCACCAGAUGCCCCCUCCACCUCUCAUGCCCCCUCCACAGCCGCACUGGCCCCCCAACUCUCCCCAGCACCACAGGGGGCGAUCACCUCCCUCUAGCGACAGUCUAACUUCACAGUCCCAAUCUGAAAGAAGCUCCAGCAAUAGCCACAGCCAUUCCUCUUCAUCUUACAGCGACAGCCACUCAACCCCCACACAGUCGUUUAGUGACAGCAAUUCCCCUCUGAGCGAUAACUGCUCUCGGGCAUCCCAGGAGCCACUGAACGCAUCUCACCACAAGGACAAGGAUGAAAACCAAAACAAGGUGAGGGAAAGUAAGAAACAAAACACUGAUGACUGUCUGAAGUCUCCCCCAAAAAAGACAGAUAAACAUUUAAAGAGUAAAGGUGAAGAUAAAAGGACAGAGAAAGAUCAAAAAGUCUUGGAUAAAGAAAAGGACAGAAGGAGGCGUGAAGGGAAGCGGCAAGAUGGGAGCAGACAAUCUGGACGCAGCCGAUCACCAGACUCAAGGUCGGACAAGAGCAGAAAGCAGAAAACUGAGGAAACUUCCAAAAAUCAAAGACAAAAUAUUCUCAUCCAGCCCUCCUCAAGUUUGGACCUGUUCCCCAAAGUGUUAGAAAGGGAAAAACCGAAGAAAGCUACGUGGAAGCCCCAGCCACUCACAGCAGAGAACGCCUGGGAAGGAGGGGUGAACGUGAAAGUGCAGCAAAAGAUCAACAUUAACAUCAAACUGGACAGCAAAAAGGAUGAGGAGGCAAAGAAAGUUGAAGGUCAAGUAAAAGAGAAUACAUUUUACAAACUGAUAGAAGAGGCUGAUAAUAAAGCUGAGAAUGAGGCCGAAGAGCAGGUGUUUCCAGCUGAAGAAAUAAAAGAUGAGCGAAACAACUCGUGGGAGAUCUUUCCAGAAGAUGAGGCUGCUGGAGAAGAGGAUUCAGACUUGUGGCACUGUGCUCUGACAUCCGUAGAAGAGGAAGAGAGGAGAGAGAAGGAGGAGGAGGAGUACAGAAAAUCUCAGGACCAAGAAGAUCUGCUAGACUCUGAGAGGAAACAUGAUUUGGGACAACCUGUGACUAAAGACCACGGCAGCUUAACAGUGGGCCCAUCUGGAGGUGUGAUCAUCAGUGAGGAACAACAAAAGACAGUAGCAAAGUGUCUGGAGAAAUAUAUGGGCUACACCUCAGUAGAGAAGCAUGUAAAGGUCACCCACUCCAGACGGGAGAAAGACGGAUCGGAGAAAGAACUGGAAGCAAACGUUUCCUCAGAUCUCAGGGAGGUAAAGAAAAGAAGAAAACAUAGAAGGUCAGUAGAAGUAGACAAUGCAGAGGAGACAGUAAACAGUUCUAGUUUAGAUGGCGCCAUUGUGCCCUCUAGUGGCCAAGACGUGCCUGACAGCAACUUUGAUUUUGACAGAAAGAGGAAGAGAAGGACAGAGAGUGAGGGCAGAAAGGGAGAAGAACACGGCCACCACAAAGACAGGGAAACCACUGGCACUUUUUAUAGCAAAUCCUCAAAUGGUUCGAGCCAGGCAUUCACCUCUAUUUUAGAUGACAAGAAAUCUAGUAACUAUAGAGAGCCAGGUGAAAACAAGAGCAGAGAGGGCCCAUCCCGUAAAAUCUAUAUUGACCAAGACAAAGUGUGGAGAGGUAACCGUGACAAAAGUUCUUCAUCAAGAUCCUACCACCACAGUAGCCAACAAGAUCCAAAAGUCCACCACAACUCGACCACGCUGCACUCUCAAUCUCACAGUAGGGACAAAGGUCAAAUCUCACCCAAAACAUCUUCGGAAAGCAAUUCUGGACAAAACUGGACGUGCACAAGCCAACGCCCGACCACACCUACCGCCCAGUCGAGUCUAAGCACGGAGAAAAAGAGCGAAGGAGGGAGUAAUGAAAGAAUAGAGGAGAGAGAAAGACACAAAUACUCAGAAACUGCAUUCUACAGCGCAAACGAAUACGACCACACCAAGAGCGAACGGAGAAAACACGAGAAGAAACAUAAAAAGUACAAGGGACACGACAGUCCUGAUGAUGAGAUGAAGUUAAAGAAGAGGAGAAGCAAAGGCGAAGAACUUUAGUAAAGAGUAUAUAACUGAUUUAAACAUACUUGAAUUCUGUUUUCUUUGACAAGUGCCUAUUUUAUUUUUUUGCCUUAAUUUCUUGUGCUGCCUUAACAUAGUAAUACAGUAAUAUAGCUUAUGCUGCAUCACACUGGGACUAAGCACUUUUAACUAGAUGAAAAUGUGACAAAUGUGAAGAAUCUGAAAUGAAAAGAAGUGAAUUUGCACAUGAUUACAACCUGCUGAAAGGUCCACUCAAGUCAAGUCUGACAAGAGGACUGUAAUUAUUUGCCUCAGGUGCAUUCUUAAGAUUAUUGAUUUGCAAUGACUUGAAAAGCGUGAAUAUUCAGAUAACGAAUAUGAAUCCUUUGUUUGUUUGUACAUUAUUUUUAUUUUGUAAAUGUCAAAAAAAAGAAAAAACUCAAGAUGCUGGGUAGAUAUAAUUUGCCAAAAAUGUUUUCCUGUUUUGGAGGAAAUAAAAAAUCCCACAAGCGA